AUGUUUACAAUUAUUUGGGAGAGUAAAACUAUCAUUAUGUUGGAGGAUUUAUACAACAAGGAGUUUGAAGAGCUGCAUACGAUGGCCAUACAUCACUCCGAGGAAGAUCGUCGGGCAUUACAAAUAGGAGAGGAAUCGAUAAACCAUGACGGAAAACGAUUUAGCAUCGGAUUACCGUGGGAAACCAAAUCAGAGACCAUACCGAACAACUACGAGCUAGUGAUCCGGAGGUUAGAAUGCCUGAAACGCAGAUCCAGCAUUUGGUCUACACUAGCAAAGGCUGUCGGUUCUGUGGUCGGAACCACUGGAACCGGAACUCCUGCGGAGGUUAGCCACAAACCGUUUUCCAUGACUCACGGCGCCUCCGUCGCUCUCUCACGGGUGGCUCAGGAGGUUAACCAUAAGUCGGUCUCCAUGACUCACAGUGCCUCCUUCGCUAACUCGGAGGAUUCCUCAGCUGCUUGGGUUCCCGGUCGAUUCCGCUUCCUCUCCCCCGAGGUAGCAGAUUUGGCAGCUAUCUCGCAGGUUUGA